AUGACCUCUUCGCCAAAUCAGAGGCAGAGGUCAUCGAAGAGGCUGAAGACCUCGCUGCUGGGCUGGUGGAUGGAGGAGACAAUGGUCUUGUUGUUGUCCACCACGAUGUGCUUCAGCGUCUCCACCACGAAGAAGGCGGCUGCGUUGUCGAGCCCGGUGGUGGGCUCGUCGAGGAAGAGGAGUCACGGCUGCGUCAGGAUCUCCAGUGCGAUGCUCAGUCUCUUCUUCUCCCCGCCGUUGAUCCCCCUCAUGGAACUUCUGAGUGGUGAGAAAGAAGACCUCCUCCAGCUGCCCUCACACAAGGCCCUUCUAACUGAUCCAGUGUUCCACCCUCUUGUAGAAAAAUAUGCUGCCGAUGAGGAUGCUUUCUUUGCUGAUUAUGCUGAAGCACAUCAGAAGCUGUCAGAACUUGGAUUUGCUGAAUCUUGA